GAAAAAGGACGACAGCUGCCUUUUGCCUGAGCAAGACGUUUUUGCGACAACGCCCAGCAGGCAAGAUGAUUCGUAAACAAGCACGCCAAAGGCGCGACUACCUCUACCGCAGAGCGCUGCUCCUCCGAGAUGCCGAGAUCAGCCAAAAGAGGGCCAAGUUGCGCGAGUCGCUCGCAUCGGGGAGAAGCCUUGACCCGACAAUUGCGAACGACAAGACUUUGAGGAAAGACUAUCAGUAUGACGAGUCUGCGGCGGAUCUGAACGCCAACGAAGCCCUCGACCUUGACGACGAAUACGCCCAGCUGUCAGGCAUUGUCGACCCCCGAGUCCUCGUUACGACAUCACGCGACCCCUCUGCGAGGCUGUCGGCCUUUGCCAAGGAAAUUAGGCUGUUACUUCCCACCUCAAUACGAUUGAACCGUGGCAACUUGAUUCUGCCAGACCUGGUUCGGUCUGCGUCGUCGGCAGGGCUGUCGGACAUUGUUCUGCUGCACGAGCAUCGUGGUACGCCCACGGCGCUGACUCUUACUCAUUUCCCACACGGCCCUACGGUGUCCUUUUCUCUACACAACGUGGUGCUACGGCAUGACAUUCCGGGAAGCGUUCGUGGGACAGUGAGCGAGUCGUAUCCGCACCUCAUCUUCGACGGAUUUACGACCCCGCUUGGCAACCGGAUCGUCAAGAUAUUGAAGCACAUCUUCCCGCCGAGAGAGGCGAUUACGAGCAAGAACAAGGUCGGAAAUCGAGUCGUUACAUUCAAGAAUUUCGAGGACAGCAUCGAAGUACGGCAUCAUGUCUUCGUGCGAACGGGUUAUGACAGCGUCGAGCUCGCCGAAGUCGGCCCACGCAUGACGAUGCGACCGUUUGAGAUCCGCGGGGGUACGCUCGAAAACAAGGAGGGCGACGUGGAGUGGCAUCUGACACAGUAUACCCGGACGGCCAAGAAGAAGAGCUAUUUGUGAGGGCGGCGCGAUGGUAGUAUGCUACAUGACCGGAGUCGAACUGGACUCUUGCCUGUUAGGAGUAGCGAGGAACAGGUUAUCGUUGAUGGUGGCGGUCCGCGCAUGACGAUUUACGCUCUGAGUGAUUGUCGCGCAAAGGGAACCACCGUCUCACGGCAAAGUCUUGGUAACGUUAACCGGCACGAACGAUAGGGUGGGAAUUGCGGCCAUUGGCUGAGGAUAGCCGACAUUACAUGGUGGACAUUGCAUGCUGAUUUCGAGCGAUCUUUUGUAUUGCACUAGAGGGGGGCGUUUGGGACCACCAGGCACGGAAUUGCAGGCAGCAACAUUGAACAGAGCCCGACGAAGUGGGUUGCGGCAAAGACGUUGUUGAAAAGUAUGAAUGUGACACGUGCACCG